AUGACGUCAUCAUCGACAACCACCCAGCUCUUUCAUUGGGCAGACUACUUAGUGUUCGUGGCCUUCCUAGUUGUCACAAUCUUAAUUGGAAUCUUUUUUGGCCUAAAAGACAGAAAAAAAAUGACGUCAAAGAAUUUUCUGACAGGUGGCGGAAGUAUGCACUGGUCGGUGGUGGCCCUGUCAAUGCAAGCCUCGUUUUUAUCCGCAAUUUUUAUCGUAUCCAUACCCAUUGAAGUUUACGCUUGGGGCACCAUGUAUUCGUACCUGGUACUGGCAUAUUUCGUCGCCCUGCCAUUCGCCGGCCACUUCAUUCUUCCUGUUUAUUAUAAGUUGAAUGUUACUAGUGCUUACGAGUAUCUCGAGAAAAGAUUCAACAAAGUCGUCAGAACGGCCUGUGCUCUAACUUUCGUCCUUCAAACCUUAUUAUAUAUGUCUGUGGUCCUCUACACUCCAGCUCUGGCUCUAGCACAAGUUACAGGUCUCUCGAUAUGGCUGGCAAUACUCAUAUGUGGACUCGUAUGUACGUUCUAUACCUUCGCGGGUGGCAUGAAAGCCACCAUUUGGAACGACUUUUUCCAGAUGCUCGUGAUAGCACUGACGCUUCUGCUGAUGUUAAUCUUUGGUAUUGUAAGAGUUGGAAGUAUGUCAAAAGUUUGGCAGAUCAGCGUCGAAGGGGGCAGGAUCGAAUUCGAUAAUUUCAGUUUCGAUCCGACAAUGAGGACAUCAUUUUGGACGCAGACGGUUGGCGGGUUUUUCGUAAACUUGGUCAUGUAUGCGGCCAAUCAGACAACGAUUCAGAAAUACAUCAGUGUCAAGACGUUGGCUGAUGCCAAGAAAUCCGUGUGGAUGGCGGCAGUUACUACUGCCCUAUUUCUGAUACUGGUUUGCCUGAUUGGAUUGGUGGCCUACGCAUAUUACGCAACAUGUGACCCGUUCCUAGAGGGAAGAAUUACGAAAUAUGACCAAUUGAUUCCAUUAUACGUGAUGGACAUUGUUGGCCACUUACACGGUCUGCCUGGCCUAUUCAUUGCCGCUACGUUCAGUGCCGCUCUAAGCUCUCUGUCAGGCAGUUUAAAUGCACUCUCAGCCGUGACUCUGACUGAUUUCAUCAAUCCAGCUUAUAAAAGGCUGAAGAACGCAAAUUUGGAUGAGAAGGCGAGGGCCGUGCUAUCGAGAGCCUUGACUCUCUUUUACGGCAUCCUGAUAACCGGACUUGGGUUUGCCGCGCAAUUUUUCGGGGAGGUUCUUUUCCAGAUUGCAUUUAGUAUCUUUGGUUUCGUUGGCGGCCCGCUGACUUUUACCGUCGUCCUUGGGGUCUUCUUCCCAUUCGUCAAUAAUUUGGGAGCCCUUUUGGGUUUGAUCUCGAGCUUCAUUGUCACAUCCUGGAUAGCCGUAGGAGCCAUAAUUUUCAAAGUAUUAUUAUUAUGA